AGGGGGGGACGACAAGGUCACUGGAGGAGAAGGCAGCAUCACUGGAAUGGACCGGACCACUUCCACAAUGACAACAGGUGAGAAUCAGUAGCUAUCCUACAGCACUGAAAUUGUAAAAAGACCAAACAUAACAUAGUAUACUAGAUGUGCUAUAUUUAAGCAAUAAGGCAUAAGGGGGUGUGGUAUAUGGCCAAUAUACCACAGCUAAAGGCUGUUCUUAUGCACGACGCAACAUGCAGUGCCUGGAUACAGCCCUUAGCCAUGGUAUAUUGGCCAUACACCACAAACCCCCGAGGUGCCUUAUUGCUAUUAUAAACUGGUUACCAAUGUAAUUAGAGCUGUACAAAUAAAUGUUUUGUCAUACCUGUGGUAUACCACGGCUGUCAGCCAAUCAGCAUUCAGGGCUCGAACCACCCAGUUGAUAAUCAUGAAUAUAAAGCUGCAUGGAGAAAUUAUUGGAUAUUUUCUUGAUUAAGCCAGAGUGCAUUUUGUAAAUGACUUAAUUUGCCCAUUUACGCCUAGUCAAUGUGGCAAAGAUAAUUAUCUGUCUGCCUCUCUCUCUCCCCCCCCCCCCCCCCCCACACACAUUCCCACUCCCAGGAGUCCAGUGUUCCAGCAGGAUGAUGGUUAUGCUUGUCCUGUGGGGUUCAGAGUAGGCCCCUGGCCUUUUCCUCCUGUAGGGAGACACACUGGCCACACGGGGGCGCUGGAUGAGCUCACACUCAAACACAUGGCCCAGGACUGCAGCUCUGUGAAAAACCAGCUGCUUACACUCAAGAGUUUAUUACAGGUAACACACACUCCCUCAAAGGCUCGAAUGCAGUCCUCGGGAACUCAAUGUAAUUCCAAUCUAAUCACUUAGUUGACUUGAGCUAUGACUAAGCAAGUGGAAAUCAUAUCUUGUAACUGUUGUCAGCUCCUUUUAGAAUUAAAUAGAUUUAGCGUCCAAUAAAAUAUCGCUUUAGUAUAAUAACUAUGAUGUCAGGAUUUGAGUUUACAUUUCGCUAGACGGAGGCUGCUGAUGUUUUAUCAAGCAGUAGCUUCAUAGGAGUUUAUCACACAUCCAGGCGAGAGAAGGCUUCUGAAGUUUAAAGGCAGUAGAAAUCUGCAUUGCGGCCACAGUGACCCUUUAGGCCUACUUGUGAGGAUGUAGAAGAGAUACACACUGAAUCUCUCCCACACGUACCGUCUCCUUAGAUGGAGAGAUUUCUGGAGAAGAUAACUGGUUUGAUAUUAUGUAAGCAUAGAAAAUAGCUGCUGGCUUUACUGUGCUUUACUGAGAAUGUCACAUGUCUCAUGCCCAUGGCUUGAGAGUGAGUGACAUGGUGACAGUUAAGCUGUGGCACAUGGUUUUAUUCUAUGUGUCACUCAUCUCUUCUUACCUGUUAUUACGACCCUCCUCCUCCCUUGUGGGUUACCUGUGGUACCUAAUCACUUAAUAGAUCUUUCAAUAUCAGAUGAAACAUUCCAUUCAACAAAUGGAGAGAUAGAAACACACACACACACACACACAGUCAGUGAUGUGAUGUGUGAGACAGUUAAUCAGUAGUGUAAAGCCUCUGACUGUACAGCGUCUCAUGUCUGGCCCUGUAGGACCCCAAUAUCUACCUUAGUGUCAGGCUGGUUGGAAUUGGCUUUGCCCUCACAGCCCUCAACACAUUACAUUCCUCCAAAACAAGUCAACUGUGCCCCAAAAUGAUCUCUGACAUGACAUGACAAACACACAGUGACACACAGUUCACUUUCUGUGAUGGUAAUUGCAUUUGUUUGUCAAAGCUGAGAUUCUGUUUAUUAUCUUCAAAAAGGUACUUCUUUGAUAGGGACCAAAGCGAUAAAUGUGGGUUAUCUGUACCCAUGUUUGUUGUUCUCUUCUUAAUUGUUUCUUUGGAACUGUGAUGUUGUGCUCUGGGCAGCAGCUGUAAAAUGCAUCUCCACUUUAAUCAUAAUUGAUCUCUCUGAGCUACAAGCAACAAGCUGUAUCGGUGUACCUAGCUGACUAUAGGUUAGCUAGAGCGUCCAAAAACAGAAAAUUACAGGUUUUUGGGAUGCACAGUGGACAUGUCCCUCUAUUUGAGAAAAGUUAUUUUGAUGUCUACCAAACUGCUUCAAGGCCCUUAUCAGCCUGUCUACAGAAGAAGCUCCCAACUUAGUAGCAAUUACAUUUAAGUCAUUUAGCAGAUGCUCUUAUCCAGAGCGACUUACAGUUAGUGAGUGCAUACAUUUUUUUCAUAUUGGCCCCCUGUGGGAAUCAAACCCACAACCCUGGCGUUGCAAACGCCAUGCUCUACCAACUGAGCUACAUCCCUGCCGGCCAUUCCCUCCCCUACCCUGGGCCAAUUGUGCGCCGCCCCAUGGGUCUCCCGGUCACGGCCGGCUACAACAGAGCCUAGAUUCGAACCAGGAUCUCUAGUGGCACAGCUAGCACUGCGAUGCAGUGCCUUAGACCACUGUGACACUCGGGAGACUAAAUUAUUAGUAUCAUUAUAAUAAAAUGUAAAUAUCCAUACAGCUCCUAUCUGCCCCAUAUAGUACAGUUCAGAAUACAGAAUCUUAUGUUUUGUGUUUUUUCUGUGUUUGUUGAUGGAGGAUGGUGAAGAAGAUAACAGCAUCACCCUGCAGGUAAGACACAACCAGGAAAAACACUAUUUCGGUCUUUGAGCCAAGACAAGUAGCAUUGUUAGACUUAGACUAGAAAUUAACCACUGUGUGUGUUUCAGUUGGAGGAUCUAAUGAAGGAGGUGCAGGAGCUCAGGGAGGAGCUGAGGAAUAAGGAGAGGACAAUCACUCAGCUCACACUACAGCAACAGCAGCUACAGCAACAGGGGGUGAGUCUCCAGGAGGGGUCAGUGAGAGAAUGGCAGUCAUUCUCUGCCAGUGCACUACAGCUGCUUAGUGCAACCUCCUUCAUAAUGCAAUACAAUGCAUUGGGUUAUGUGGGAGUUGUGGUUUUACUCAUACCAUAGUCAGACACCUACAUACAGUGGGGAGAACAAGUAUUUGAUACACUGAUGAUUUUGCAGGUUUUCCUACUUACAAAGCAUGUAGAGAUCUGUAAUUUUUAUCAUAGGUACACUUCAACUGUGAGAGACGGAAUCUAAAACAAAAAUCCAGAAAAUCACAUUGUAUGAUUUUUAAGUAAUUAAUUUGCAUUUUAUUGCAUGACAUAAGUAUUUGAUACAUCAGAGAAGCAGAACUUAAUAUUUGGCAUAGAAACCUUUGUUUGCAAUUACAGAGAUCAUACGUUUCCUGUAGGUCUUGACCAGGUUUGCACACACUGCAGCAGGGAUUUUGGCCCACUCCUCCAUACAGACCUUCUCCAGAUCCUUCAGGUUUUGGGACUGUCGCUGGGCAAUACGGACUUUCAGCUCCUUCCAAAGAUUUUCUAUUGGGUUCAGGUCUGGAGACUGGCUAGGCCACUCCAGGACCUUGAGAUGCUUCUUUUUUUAAAUUUUAUUUUUGGGAGGUAGAUCUUGAGAUCUUGAGCACCAUGAGAUGCUUCUUAUGGAGCCACUCCUUAGUUGCCCUGGCUGUGUGGAAGACCCAGCCACGACCCAUCUUCAAUGCUCUUACUGAGGGAAGGAGGUUGUUGGCCAAGAUCUCGUGAUACAUGGCCCCAUACAUCCUCCCCUCAAUACGGUGCAGUCAUCCUGUCCCCUUUGCAGAAAAGCAUCCCCAAAGAAUGAUGUUUCCACCUCCAUGCUUCAUGGUUGGGAUGGUGUUCUUGGGGUUGUACUCAUCCUUCUUCUUCCUCCAAAAACGGCGAGUGGAGUUUAGACCAAAAAGCUCUAUUUUUGUCUCAUCAGACCACAUGACCUUCUCCCAUUCCUCCUCUGGAUCAUCCAGAUGGUCAUUGGCAAACUUCAGACGGGCCUGGACAUGCACUGGCUUGAGCAGGGGGACCUUGCGUGCGCUGCAGGAUUUUAAUCAAUGACGGCGUAGUGUGUUACUAAUGGUUUUCUUUGAGACUGGGGUCCCAGCUCUCUUCAGGUCAUUGACCAGGUCCUGCCGUGUAGUUCUGGGCUGAUCCCUCACCUUCCUCAUGAUCAUUGAUGCCCCACGAGGUGAGAUCUUGCAUGGACCCCAGACCGAGGGUGAUUGACCGUCAUCUUGAACUUCUUCCAUUUUCUAAUAAUUGCACCAACAGUUGUUGCCUUCUCACCAAGCUGCUUGCCUAUUGUCCUGUAGCCCAUCCCAGCCUUGUGCAGGUCUACAAUUUUAUCCCUGAUGUCCUUACACAGCUCUCUGGUCUUGGCCAUUGUGGAGAGGUUGGAGUCUGUUUGAUUGAGUGUGUGGACAGGUGUCUUUUAUACAGGUAACGAGUUCAAACAGGUGCAGUUAAUACAGGUAAUGAGUAGAGAACAGGAGGGCUUCUUAAAGAAAAACGAACAGGUCUGUGAGAGCCGGAUUUCUUACUGGUUGGUAGGUGAUCAAAUACUUAUGUCAUGCAAUAAAAUGCAAAUUAAUGACUUAAAAAUCAUACAAUGUGAUUUUCUGGAUUUUUGUUUUAGAUUCCGUCUCUCACAGUUUAAGUGUACCUAUGAUGGAAAUUACAGACCUCUACAUGCUUUUAAGUAGGAAAACCUGCAAAAUCGGCAGUGUAUCAAAUACUUGUUCUCCCCACUGUGUGUGGGAAUGGUAACCUCAGUUCUGUUAGCUUUUACCUGGAUCCAUCAGUGUUAUAACGUAUUAGUGUUCAGGGCCUAGUGGUCUCGUUAGGCAAAAAAACAAAUUGUCCACUGACAUUAUUCAAAUUCCCCAUGUACAGUAAUAGUAAAUGUAUGGAAGCCCUGAAGCCCAAGGCAAAAAAAAUACAAUCAAAAUGUAGACUUGUUUGAACGACUUUGUAUCUCGUUUGAACGACUUAGUAAAAACAAAAAUGUGUCUAAUUAGGCCUAAUUUGUUAUGCAGCUUGUCAGACAGUGUAAUGGUUGCUGCAGCCAUUCAUUCACUGAUUCCAUCAAUUGAUACGAUUAAUCAUUGACAGGUCUUUGAUAGCCUAAAGCAGGGCUCUUUUUGAAUGCCAGAUCAUGUAAGUGGGCGAGAGUGGAGCGAGGAGCAAAGCGUAAUUUGAGCAGAUUUUGAAAAUGGUGUCGGCCUUCUCUCCCGCUCCAAUUUUGCUCUGGUACUGCUCAGCCACAAGCUCUAGGCAUGCUUUGCCUAGCAUUUUUUGUUUCCUUUAUCACUAUUACUUUUAAUUAGGCCUAUUCGGUUAUAAUUAUUUAGCCUACCCCACCCACAGUAGCCUGUAUCUAGUUUAUACUCUACUUUCUAACAUUAGGAUAUGUAGUUUCUAUUUUGAAGGACUUCACUUAUGCAUGUUUCAGGUCGGCAAUACAUAGGCUACUGUAAAAUGUAGAAACACCAUAAUAUAAUAAUAAUAUAUUUAAUGAAGCUAAAAUAUCAUGAAUAAAUCUUAAAUAAUAAAGGCCAGAAUCAGUUUAUUUUCAUAAAUGAAAGGGAAUAAAUAAUCUCAAACUGCAACGGUCAAAUGAUUUGCUCACAGAAGCAAGCGCCACCAAGCUUCACAUCUGCAUUAAGUGUGGGAAAUGCGCUCUACAAAUUAAGUAGUAGUAUUAUUAUUGUUAUUAUUAUUAUUACUAUUAUAAAGACAGAAAAAUACACAUGUGAAAGCUUAAUUAAAUAAAGGAAUAUCAGUGGAAAUCUAGCCAUAAUAUAAACAAGUGAAAGGAGAAUGGACUAUAUACUGAACAGAAAUAUAAACACAACAUGUAAAGUGUUGGUCCCAUGUUUCAUGAGCUGAAAUAAAAGAUCCCAGAAAUGUUCCAUACGCACAAAAAGUUGAUUUCUCUCAAAUGUUGUGCACAAAUGUGUUUACAUCCCUGUUACUGAGCAUUUCUACUUUGCCAAGAUAAUCCAUCCACUUGACAGGUGUGGCAUAUCAAGAAGCUGAUUAAACAGCAUGAUUAUUACACAGGUGCACCUUGUGCUGGGGACAAUAAAGGCCACUCUAAAAUGUGCAGUUUUGUCACACAACAUAAUGCCACAGAUGUCUCAAGUUUUGAGGAAGCGUGCAAUUGGCAUGCUGACUGCAGGAAUGUCCCCAGAGCUGUUGCCUGAGAAUCAUGUCAUAAGCUACCUCCAACGUUGUUUUAGAGAAUUUGGCAGUAUGUCCAGCCGGCCUCACAACCGCAGACCAUUUGUAAACACGCCAGCCCAGAACCUACAUAUCCGGCUUCUUCACCUGCGGGAUUGUCUGAGACCAGUCACCCAGACAGCUGAUGAAACUGAGGAGUAUUUCAGUCUGUAAUUUCUGUCCCCACAAUUUCCCCUUUUGUGGGCUGUGCCACGCUCCCCAGUGGGUGGGCCCAUGCCACCUUCUCACCAAGCUGCUUGGCGAUUCCAGCCUUGUGUAGGUCUACAAUCUUGUCCCUGACAUCCUUGGAGAGCUCUUUGGUCUUGGCCAUGGUGGAGAGUUUGGAAUCUGAUUGAUUGAUUGCUUCUGUGGACAGGUGUCUUUUAUACAGUUAACAAACUGAGAUUAGGAGCAUUCCUUUUGAGAGUGUGCUCCUAAUCUCAGCUCGUUACCUGUAUAAAAGACACCUGGGAGCCAGAAAUCUUUCUGAUUGAGAGGGGGUCAAAUACUUAUUUCCCUCAUUAAAAUGCAAAUCAAUUUAUAACAUUUUUGACAUGCGUUUUUCUGGAUUUUUUUGUUGUUAUUCUGUAUCUCACUGUUCAAAUAAACCUACCAUUAAAAUUAUAGACUGAUCAUUUCUUUGUCAGUGGGCAAACGUACAAAAUCAGCAAGGGAUCAAAUACUUUUUUCCCUCACUGUAUAACAAGUUAAACCUUUCAAUUGAAGGGCUAUCACAAACCUCUUUUUGUAGGCGAUUCUGGUAGGCUAAUAAAACAUGUUGUUCGCAGCAGGAACCAGCGAUGAAUACUUUAACUGUAUGUUUAGGCUACUAUUAAAGUGCUCACAUAGGCUAAUUAUCUGCCAGACUGCGUGAGAUAUCUAGUCCGACCAGUAAGUGCGGUCUAAGUAAUUCCCUUAUGAUAUCACAAUAGCUCCCUAAAUUGAUUCUAUUGAUGGAAAAAUUGUGUUUACCUCUUGUGUCGCACACAUUUAAUUAUAGCUCACUAUCAAGGACAUCUGUGUAUUCCCUCCAGCAGUGGUAAAGUGUAGGCCUAUGACUAUGUAGCCUUGUGACACUGUCCUACUGGACUCUGUGUCGGUCCUUACUUAAAUGUCAUAGAUUUUUGAGAAAUAACAUCUACACAUGGAGGUGGCUUCAUCUCAAUGUAUUUUUCUAUUUUUAUUUAUUAAGCUUUUACAUGUGUAUUUUUCCUGUCUAUAUAAUAAUAAUAAUAAUAAUAAUAAUAAUAAUAAUAAUAAUAAUAAUAAUAAUAAUAAUAUUUAAUUUCCCACACUCAGUGCACGUUUGAAGCUUGUUGGUACUUGCUUCUGUGCACAAAUCAUUUGACCGUUGCAGUUUGAGAUGAUUUAUUGUCCUUUAUUAUUUACGAUUUAUAUAUUUUAGCUUAAUUAAAUUGAUUUAUAUUAUGGUGUUUCUAAUCCAGGAAUACCAAAAAUACAUUUUACAUUAGUCUAUGUAUUGCCUACCUGAAACAUCUAUAAUACAUUUGAAGUCCUUCAAAAUAGAAACUACAUAUCCUAAUGUUAGAAAGUAGAAAAUAAACUAGAGAUACUACUGUGGGUGGGGUAGGCUAAAUAAUUACAACCGAAUAGGCCUAAUAAUUUAAAAAAUAGUGAUAAAGGAAAUGAAAAAUGCUAGGGAGAGCAUGCCCAGAGCAUGUGGCUGAGCAGUACCAGAGCGAAAUUGGAGGCUGACAACAUUUUUUAAAUCUGCUUGAAUUAAACUCUGUUCCUUGCUCCACACUCGCCCAAUUACAUGCUCUGGCAUUCAAAAGCAGCCCUGUUUUAGGCUAUCAAAGAACUAAUGAAUAAUCAUAUUAAUGGAAUCAGUGAUUGAAUGGCUGCAGCAACCAUUACACUGUCUGAAAAGCUGCAUAACAAAUGAGAACUAAUUAGAUAAAAUAACACUUUUUUUUACUAUGUCUUUCAAACAAGAUAGUAAGUCAUUGGAACGAGAUACUAAGUCGUGAGAUACUAAGUCGUUCAAAUAAGAUACAAAGUCGAACAAACAAGAUAAAUCCAAGAGCAUGUUUAUUUUUUAUUUUUUUGCCUUGGGCUUCAGGGCAUCCGUACAACAAUUUACAUUUACAUUUAGGAUUACUUUAUACUAUUCCAGGUAUUCCUCAAAGAGGUAGGGUUUCAAGUGUCUCCGGAAGGUGGUCAGUGACUCUGCUGUCCUGGCGUCGUGGGGGAGCUUGUUCAACCAUUGGGGUGCCAGAGCAGUGAAUAGCUUUGACUGGGCUGAGCGGCAACUGUGCUUCCGUAGAGGUAGGGGAGCUAGCAGGCCAGAGGUGGAUGAACGUAGUGCCCUCGUUUGGGUGUAGGGUCUGAUCAGAGCCUGAAGGUAAGGAGGUGCCGUUCCCCUCACAGCUCCGGAGGCAAGCACCAUGGUCUUGUAGUAGAUGCGAGCCUCAACUGGAAGCCAGUGGAGUGUGCGGAGGAGCGGGGUGACAUGAGAGAACACGGGAAGGAUGAACACCAGACAGGCUGCAGCGUUCUGGAUAAGUUGUAGGGGUUUAAUGGCACCGGCAGGGAGCCCAGCCAACAGCGAGUUGCAGUAAUCCAGACAGGAGAUGACAAGUGCCUGGAUUAGGACCUGUGCCGCUUUCUGUGUAAGGCAGGGUCGUACUCUCCGAAUGUUGUAGAGCAUGAACCUACAGGAUCGGGUCAACGCUUUGAUGUUAGCGGAGAACGACAGGGUGUCCAGGGUCACGCCAAGGUUCUUUGCACUCUGGGAGGACACAAUGGAGUUGUCAACCUUGAUGGCGAGAUCAUGGAGCGGGCAGUCCUUCCCCGGGAGGAAGAGCAGCUCCGUCUUGCCGAGGUUCAGCUUGAGGUGGUGAUCUGACAUCCACAUUGAUAUGUCUGCCAGACAUGCAGAGAUGCGAUUCGCCACCUGGUUAUCAGAAGGGGGAAAGAAGAAAAUUAAUUGUGUGUUGUCUGCGUAGCAAUGAUAGGAGAGACCAUGUGAGGAUAUGACAGAGCCAAGUGACUUGGUGUAUAGAGAGAAUAGGAGAGGGCCUAGAACUGAGCCCUGUGGGACACCAGUGGUGAGAGCACAUGUUGCGGAGACAGAUUCUCGCCAUGCCACCUGUUAGGAGCAACCUGUCAGGUAGGACGCAAUCCAAGAGUGAGCAGCGCCGGAGAUGCCCAACUCGGAGAGGGUGGAGAGGAGGAUCUGAUGGUUCACUAUUUCAAAGGCAGCGGAUAGGUCUAGAAGGAUAAGAGCAGAGGAGAGCGAGUUAGCUUUAGCAGUGCGGAGAGCCUCCAUGACACAGAGAAGAGCAGUCUCAGUUGAAUGACCAGUCUUGAAACCUGGCUGGUUUGGAUCAAGAAGGUCAUUCUGAGAGAGAUAGCAGGAGAGUUGGCUAGAGACGGCACGCUCAAGAGUUUUGGAAAGAAAAGAAAGAAGGGAUACUGGUCUGUAUUUGUUGACAUCGGAGGGAUCGAGCGUAGGUUUUUUGAGGAGGGGUGCGACUCUUGCUCUCUUGAAGACGGAAGGGACAUGGCCAGCGGUCAAGGAUGAGUUGAUGAGCGAGGUGAGGUAAGGGAGAAGGUCUCCGGAAAUGGUCUGGAGAAGAGAGGAGGGGAUAGGAUCAAGCGGGCAGGUUGUUGGGCGGCCGGCCGUCACAAGUCGCAAGAUUUCAUCUGGAGAGAGAGGGGAGAAAGAAGUCAAAGCAUAGGGUAGGGCAGUGUGAGCAGGACCAGCGGUGUCAUUUGACUUAAUAAAUGAGGAUCGGAUGUCAUCAACCUUCUUUUCAAAAUGGUUGAUGAAGUCAUCCACAGAGAGGGAGGGGGGGGGUGGGGGGAUCAGGAUUCAGCAGGGAGGAGAGGCAAAAGGUGGCAAAGAGCUUCCUAGGGUUAGAGGCAGAGGCUUGACAUUUAGAGUGGUAGAAAGUGGCUUUAGCAGUGGAAACAGAGGAAGAGAAUGUAGAGAGGAGGGAGUGAAAAUAUGACAGGUCCGACAGGAGCCCUCUUCUGUGAGCUCGCAAUGAGUCGUGAAGCCACGGAGUAUGAGGGGAGGACCGAGCCGGCCGGGAGGAUAGGGGACAUAGAGAGUCAAAAGAUGCAGAAAGGGAGGAGAGGAGGGUUGAGGUGGCAGAAUCAGGAGAUCGGAGGGAGAAGGAUUUAGCAGAGGGAAGAGAUGAUAGGAUGAAGAGGAGAGAGUAGCGGGAGAGAGAGUGAAGGUUGCGACUGCACAUUACCAUCUGAGUAGGGGCAGAGUGAGUAGUGUUGGAGGAGAGCGAGAGAGAGAGAAAAGGAUACAAAGUAGUGGUCGGAGACUUGGAGGGGAGUUGCAGUGAGAAACAGUAAUAGAAAAUGUCAGAGCAACUUCAGUGUUCGAACCUCUCUAGCUCUCCCAAUUCUAAUAAGAAAAGGCCACAGAGCACCGCUCUUCUCUCCCUCACAAUUCUGCCACCGCUAACCUCACACAUGCAAACAGUGUCUGGAUAUUUGCAGAUCCCUGUCUGAACUUUAAGAACUGAGAGAGGGAAAAGGCAAGCGAGAGAGAGAUGGAUAGAAAAGAUGGAGAGAGGAUGAAUUGCAGUAGGGAAGGAUUCAGAGAAACCGAGAGAGACAGGGAGAGACAGGCAGAGACAAUAAUAAAGAAUUACUAAGGGCACAGAGAGAACGAUUAAGGGAGUUAUAUAAUGGAAUAUAUUAGAUGAGAGCCGGAUAAUGAGAGAUAGAAUAAUAGAGUGAAGGGGAUAGAGAGAAUUACAGAGAGACAGAUAGAGAGAAUGAUAUAAUGAGCCAGAUAAAGGGAGAAAGAAAUGCUGAAUUCUCUGUGGGGUGAGCUGCCAAAAUACUUUACGUUUUGACAUUCGAGUUUGUGUGUCUGCUUUGUCAGCAGUUGAUGCAGAGCUGCAGAUGUUCUGUUUCAGUCGUUAGCAAAGGGUGGUUGGUCAUAGAGUUAAUGGGGUCUACUAGUCAUGUCUAGACUAGAGACUGUUUUUGUAUCUUCAUUAGAACCCAAAGACUCAGAAAUCAGUUUCACUCAUGCAGUUUUUGAAUACCAACUCACAUUAGUAGAUCAUUCAUUUGUUAUUGUAUUUUCCUGACACAGUAGUGGUAACUCUCUCUCUUUCCUCCCCCAGCCUGCCCAUGCUGCCAAGCCAGGGAGGUGUCACUGCCACCAGAGGGCACCGUCACUCGGGGGGGACAGACGUACGCACCACGACAAGGCCACACAGACCUCCUGGAGAGGACAAGGACACAGCCAAGCCGUGAGUACACCCAUAUAUACCUGGAGAGUGGAGACCUAAAUCUGUCCACUGCUGCAUACUAUAGUCAGUCAUCAAGCCAGUCCAUCACCUAUAGUCCCCACCCUCACACUAUCCUCCCAUUAACUCCCAUUCAACUUACUCUCUCACCUAUCACUGGUACUACAUUGCCAAAUUCCCUCUCCCUAGCCCCACCCCAUCACCAUUGCCCUAUAUAGUGGAACCACUUGAUGGAUGGUGAGAAUGACUGUGUGUUUGAUACAAGCCGUCAGCCCUCAGCCAUCUACACACGUACAGGUGUAGUGACUUCUUAUUUUACCUUUGUAUGUCUCAAUCUCACUUAUUCUUUCCCCAUUUCAUUAUUCUACUUCUCCAUCUGAUGUUCCCUCUCUCUUUCUGUUGCUUUCUUUUUAUCCACCAUUACAUCCGGUUGUGUGAUGGUUUUGCUUCUAUCAAAAACUCUUUGUAGGGAAACACAGUCUAUAAUGAUAACUGACAUUUUCCAAAUUGCUCUGAAAGGUUAGGAGGAAUAUGGUGCAUUGGUUUAUGAUGAGUAGAGGAAAAAAGAAGAGGGUAAACAAACAGAAAUCAGAUGCCACCGCAGGGUGUUUCUCUCUCUUUUUUCUCUUCGUUUCAGACUAUCUCAAAGUUACAAGUUUCAAACUGUUUAGUUUUGCACAUUUGAUGCUGUACUGCAGUUUGCACUUCCCAUCCUCUCUGCAUCUGUAUGUUCUCUCCCACUCCCUCCCUCUCUCCCCUCACAGUUCAAAGGGCUGUUGGAGCAGGUGGAAUAUUUGGUAUAUCUUCUCCUUAGUUCCUACCACUACUGUUAAUGUGUGAAAUCCUGUGGCCUGCCUUCUAGUCCCUCUGUAUGGGUUUACCCAAUGCAUAACACUACUACUGUCCAAUGACCAGGAUGUUGUUAGGGCUUUUAAAUGUCUAAACUGUUAUGGAAUUGGAUAAUUUCUACAUGCCACACUUUGAUAGAUUUAACGUAGUCCACUGUAACUUCGGAAGACAUGAAGGGUACCCAUGUUAUUAGAUAUAACUCUUAAGUUCCCGUGGCUUAAUUGAUACACUGUUAACUAGGGUUGGGGCAAUGUAUGGAAUGACACAUCGUCCCAUCGUCCUGUCCAAACAUCGUUGCGCACGGAGGGGUCAAUUGGCGGGAAGAACCAUUAAAACCAGUAGAUAGUGAUAGUGCUGACGUCAUCCACGUAAUCAUAUGGAAAACUCCCGAUGGCUCAUGAAGCCGGAAGUAUUUGAAUUUGAAGCGUGCCGUAUUGUUCAAUGGGGCUGAAUGGCAACAACAAAUUGCUACGGAUCAUGGUGAAAGUUGCCGUAACUAGCAAAGGAUCAUGGUCGAUGUACAGUAGUCGUUUUCAUCCUGCCUGAGAGAGUCAACCAACCAGGCGCGAGCCUCUUUGUAGCCUGGCGGCCUGUGAUUGGUCUGUGUCAGCAAGUGGUCCUGUGUGACAACAUAUUUAGUAGUCAGAAUGGAUCAUUAUUUAAUUAAAUAUCUAGAUUUGUAGCAAACUUUUAAAUAAUUCACAGCGAACUUGAUCAAAAUAAACAAGUUUUAGAGCCCAAAACGGGCGUCAAUUUUUUGGGGGUUUGGCCGUUCUGGCGAUUGUAAUUUACAUAGUGUAGGCUUUCUAGGGCAGACCAGGGUUUUUGGCACUGCUUAGUUGCUACGCAGUCACCAGCAGAGCUUGUGACUUCACGUUCCAGACCAGACACUGGGAAGAACGCAAUAUAAAGGACACAUUGGUUAUACCAGAACUGUGAUUUGGUGCAUAAUGUCAUUUUUCUUAUUUAAAUUGUUACAAAAACCACAAACAAUCUCAUUAAAUCAUUGUUCAAAACAAAAGUGUUAGACCUAGUUACCUUUGAUUGAGUCCAGGCUGCAGAAUGAUUUUCAAAUUGGGAGAGCUAUGUUUCUCUUGUCCAUAAAAAUACUCAGAUAUCAGUUAUAUUAGCCUACCUUUUAAAAACAAAUAUUAUAGCCGUAUCAAGUGUAGGCUAUUGUUAUUUUAUCUUGAUAAUCUGGGUAAGCAGAUUUGUGACAUUGUUUCUUCCAUUAAGCUACUUUCUGACAGUUUCAGACUGUAAAAAAACAAAAAAGGAAUGUUGCAGAAUUUCACUUAGUAACUAUAGUAUAGUCUGCCUUAGCUAAAUCAGAAAAUAACGAAACAAUGGCUGACUUGGUGGGAAAGAAAAGCACGUCUUCGCCUGUUUGACAGUUCCUUGGUUUCAGGCUGAAUGAUAGAGGUGAGUCAGCAGACCUAACCCAAAUCACUUGCAGAAUAUGAUGAAAGAUUAUCAGGGCAAAGGAUGGACAGACUACAAACCUCUGUCAUCCUGCUGAGUUCGCUACUCUUGUGGUGAAGAUGCUGCUGGCGUUCCUUGAUAUAAAGAAUGUUAUAAAUAAUUUGUUUCAUCUGAUUGUAUAUUUAGAAUUGUUAUAGUUAGAUAGACAAAAGGCAUGGCCUAAGAAUAUUAGGCUUAUUGGUUUUUACCUUAAGCCAAUAUUCAUUAAAGUGUUAUAAAGAAUGUUAUAGGCUAAAUCAUUUUUUUUGUCUGAUUGUUGAGGACUUUUAUAUGAAUGCACCAUUUGUAAGCUAUUCAAAAUAAAGUUGUUCGUGAGACUACUCCAACUAAUCAUUUAUUUUUUGUUCCCGCUUAUUGAAUGUGCUGCUGCAGGAGAUUAUGUCCGAUUGCCGUUGCUCAAUUCAAGGACAUUAAUAAACACUUUGACAAUAUUAUAAAUAUUACUUCAUGCGUUGGCAAAGUACGUUUACUGAACUUUUAUUGACAGUAGCCUAUGUGUAGGCCUAUAUUAUUGACUGUUUGGUCUGUAAGGAGGGAUUUUCCAACUGCACAAUUUAUGUUGCCUACACUUUGGUCAAGUAAUGCAGAAAGGUAUCAGGUUUGUUUCAACUUCCUAUUCAACUUCCUAUUUCAAUUGUUUGUUCUCUGUCGUUAUUACAGUACUUUGUUUUUAUUUAGGCUAAUUACAAACAACUUUAUGAGAUGGAACUCCGUUAGGCCUAUAGAUUCAUUCGAUGGUUGAUCAUGAUUAGGGGUUUAGGGAGAAAAAGGGAAAUUAAGAUUUGAAAACAAUAAACCAGAUAACAGAGUGUCUGCUGCAAAAUGCCCAUGAUCAUCUGACAUUGGAGAGGAGAGGGGGAAAAACAGAUAUCUGACAUUUUGCGGUGCUUUGAUGCUCUCCUUUCUUUCUACAAUCUACAUUGUUCUGCAUUAUGUACAAGGUCCAGUAUGUAGCUUUGUGCACGACCAGAAGAAAUUCACAUAGAAAUGUGUGUCAUACACUACAUUAUUAAAAGUAUGUGGACACCUGCUCGUCAAACAUCUAAUUCCAAAAUCAUGGGCAUUAAUAUGGAGUUGGUCCCCCCUUUGCUGCUAUAACAGCCUCCACUCUUCUGGGAAGGCUUUCCACUAGAUGUUGGAACAUUGCUGCAGGGACUUGCUUCCAUUCAGCCACAAGAGCAUUAGUGAGGUCGGGAACUGAUGUUGGGCGAUUUGGCUCGCAAUCGGCUUUCCAAUUCUUCCCAAAGGUGUUCGAUGGGGUUGAGGUCAGGGCUCUGUUCAGGCCAGUCAAGUUCUUCCACACCGAUCUCAACAAAUCAUUUCUGUAUGGACAUCUCUUUGCACAGGGGCAUAGUCAUGCUGAAGCAGGAAAGGGCCUUCCCCAAACUGUUGGAAGCACGGAAUCGUCUAGAAUGUCAUUGUAUGCUGUAGCGUUAAGAUUUCCCUUCUCUGGAACAAAGGGGCCUAGCCCGAACCAUGAAAAACCUCCUUCACCAAACUUUCCAGUUGGCACUAUGCAUUGGGGCUGGUAGCAUUCUCCUGGCAUCUGCCAAUCCCAGAUUCGUCUGUCGGACUGCCAGAUGGUGAAGCAUGAUUCAUCACUCAAGAGAACGCGUUUCCACUGAUCCAUUUUUAUGCGCUAUGCACUUCAGCACUCUACUGCCAAUGUUUGUCUAUGGAGAUUGCAUGGCUGUGUGCUCGAUUUUAUACACCUGUCAGCAACGGGUGUGGCUGAAAUAGCCGAAUCCACUAAUUUGAAUGGGUGUCCACAUACUUUUGUAUAUAUAGUUUAGAUCUGUCAUUCUCAUUGAAAGAAAAUCUGAUUAAGUGAAAAGAUUCCUGGAGGCGCCUCCAGGAAGGGGCCUCAAAGAACCUAGGGUUUUAAGGUUCAUAAAGGAACCUUUUAUGUAAAAUGUAGUCUAUUGUGAAUAAUAGUAGUAAUAAUAAUAUUAACAAUAAUAAGACAAAUUAUAUUGAGUGGCAAACUUUUUAAGUCACAAAUUCAUUUUAUUGACUUUGGAAGUCACAGAGACACAAAUAUGCGAUAAAUAAAUAAAGUACAAUGUCAACCGUUGACAAACAUUUAUAUUUGAUGUGUAUCGAUAACAAGAGAUGCUUAUACUAAAAAUACAAUGAUAUUUAUUGUCAUCAACUAUACCAAUCAAAAGACCCCAUCUUACUGAAAAAAAUAUAUGUUUAGAUAGAUGGAGAAUAUUUCACAGGUCAAUAACAAAAUUCAUAGGCAUGUAGAGACACUAACAAAGCAUUAGCACAUCAAAUACCAGCCUUCUAAGUGGUUUCUAAUUUGAGUAAUUUGGCUUUUACAACUGACCUCGCAUUACUUUGUGCUCUGGUCUCCCCUAUCCCUCUCUACAGCAAAAAGUUUGCCAUUCAACAUUUGUUGGUAAUUAAACCCCCCUCCCCCGGAACACAUUUCUGAAUGCAUAGCAUAGUGCUUUUCACUGAUGUUGCAUACUCAUUAAAAAGGAAAUGGACCCGGCUCUUCAGUGAGUAGCUCUUCUCCACCCAGGAAGAGUUGGACGUGGCUCUCAUCCACAAAGGGAUUCCCCUCUAUUCUUAUGGUAGGUGAUGGGAACUUUACACACUGUAAGAAGUAAAAAUUAAAGCAUAGAAAUACUAAAUAUUAAGGUUAACCACUGGGCACAGACGUCAAUUCAACGUCUAUUCCACGUUGGUUCAGCGUAAUUUCAAUGAAAUGACAUGGAAACAACGUUGAUUCAACCAGAAAUGACGUGGAAACAACGUUGAUUCAACCAGUGUGUGCCUAGUGGGUAAUCAAGUCAUACUUCAAACAGUAAGUUAACAACUGAGCACACCUUACACAGUAUUACUACUAACUUUGCAUUUAUUUAUUUGCCAUACUGGGAAAUACAUACCCUGUCUGUGACAUACAGCCCACUUGGAUCUUCUUUGAGGAAGUAGGGGAGGAGCAAAAUGGCUGCAGUGUCCUUGAGACCUUAAAUUGGACGGUGUGUAAUAAAAAGGCUGGAUUAGCGUAAAUAUAAUUAGAACGGCUGCAUACUGUAAAGGGUACAUGAUAAAUGUCAUGAUGGAUUAUUGGGACCGAGGUCAGAGGAGCAGACUUAGUCAAUCAUAAAACUAGAGAUGGUCUUGUUAAGCUGCUGGAAAUAUAAUGGAAUAAACAAUGUGGAAAUAAAAUAUCCAAGCCAGCAGAUUAUGGUGUAAAAAGGUUAUUAGUGUGAAUUAAUGUGAGUAGGAAAAUUGAAGAAAUCUUAUACAUCCCUUCCGUGUCUGGUCUCUCAACGAGGAAUACUUUUGAAUGAGUGCUGUGCACACAUCCAUGUAUUUCCAGGUAGUGAGGUACACUAUAUAUACCAAAGUAUGUGGAGACCCCUUCAAAUUAGUGGAUUCGGCUAUUUCAGGUGUAUAAAAUUUGAGCACACAGCCAUGCAAUCUCCAUAGACAAACACUGGCAGUAGAAUGGCCUUACUGAAGAGCUCAGUGACUUUCAACGUGGCAACAUCAUAGGAUGCAUCCUUUCCAACAAGUCAGUUCGUAAAAUGUCUGCCCUGCUAGAGAUGCCCCGGUCAACUGUAAGUGCUGUUAUUGUGGAGUGGAAAAGUCUAGGAGCAACAACGGCUCAGCCGCGAAGUGGUAGGCCACACAAGUUCACAGAACGGGACCGCCGAGUGUGAAGUGCGCAGCGCAUAAAAAUCAUCUGUCCUCGGUUGCAACACUCACUACCGAGUUCCAAACUGCCUCUGGAAGCAACGUCAGCACAAGGACUGUUCGUCGGGAGCUUCAUCAAAUGGGUUUCCAUGACCGAGCAGCCGCACACAAGCCUGAGAUCACCAUGCGCCAUGCCAAGCGUGGCUGGAGUGGUGUAAAGCUAGCCGCUAUUAGACUCUGGAGCAGUGGAAACGUGUUGUCUAGAGUGAUGAAUCACGCUUCACCAUCUAGCAGUCCGACAGACGAAUCUGAGAUUGGCGGAUUCCAGGAGAACGCUACCUGACUGAAUGCAUAGUGCCAACUGUAAAGUUUGGUGGAGGAGGAAUAAUGGUCUGGGGCUGUUUUUCAUGGUUCGGGCUAGGCCCCUUAGUUCCAGUGAAGUGCUGUUGCCACCACCAUGCAUCACGGUAGGGAUGGUGUUAGACGGGUGAUGAGCUGUGCCUGGUUUUCUUCAGACAUAGCUCUUUGCAUUUAGGCCAAAGAGUUACAUUUUUGUCUCAUCAGACCACAGAAUAUUUUGCCUUAUGCUCUUUCCCAUGCCUUUUUGCCAACUCCAGGCUUGCUGUCAUGUGCCUUUUUCUCAGGAGAGGCUUCCAUCUGGCCACUCUCCCAUAAAGCCCAGAUUGGUGAAGUGCUGUAGAGACUGUUGUCCUUCUGGCAGGUUCUCCCAUCUCAGCCAAUGAACUCUGUAGUUCUGUCAAGAGUGGUUAUUGGGUUCUUGGUCACCUCCCUGACUAAAGGUCCGUCUUGCCCGGUUGCUCAGUUUUGUCGGACGGCCAGCUCUAGGCAGAGUCUGGGUAGUUUCAUAUGUUUUCCCCAAUGAUGGAGACCACUGUGCUCUUGGAAACUUUUAACAAUCUAGAAAGUGUUUUAUAGCCUUCCCCAGAUACAGUAUAUGCCUCAUUACAAUGCUAUCUCGGAGAGCUACAGAGAGUUCCUUGGACUACAUGGUAUAGUUUCUGCUCUGACAUGCACAGUAAACUGUGGAACCUUGUAUAGACAGGUGUGUUUAUUUCUAAAUCAUGUCCAAACUAUUGAAUUGGACUCCAUUCAAGUUGUAAUAACAUAUCAAGGAUGAUCAAAGGAAAUUGGAUGCACUUGAGCUCAAUUUGGAGUGUCGUAGAAAAGGGGGGUGAAUACUUAUGUAAAUGAGAUAUUUCUGUAUUAGCAAACAUUUCUAAAAACAUGUUUUCACUUUGUCAUUAUGGGGUAUUGUGUGUAGAUGGGGGAGAAAAAUAUAGAUAUUUAAUAAAUGUUUAAUUCAGGCUGUAACACAACAAAAUGUUUGAAAAAGUCAACGGGUAUGAAUACUUUCUGAAGGCACUGUAUCUGGCUGUGUUGGCAAAAUAACUACAUAUCCCAUCGAGCCAAGCGGGGAGAGGCUGCCCGUUGUCACAGUUCCAAGACCUGUCAGAAAUGUCCAGCUAACCCUUGAGUAGCAAUGAUAUCCUUUGCCACUGUCGUCUUACGACAGAUAUCUCAAACCAGUCAUGAAUAUUCAACAAAAUAAUAAAACAAUAAAUCGUUUUCAAGUUUAUUUCCAGCGAAUUUCUUAGUUACAUGAUUAUAUAAGUAGCAAAGGAGUUUUGAAGUUGAGGGUGCAGUAUUUAUGAAGUUUGGCAAUUCAGGAGACAGAUUGUAGUUUUUAUGCCCUGAUAUCAGGAGCUGGCAGGGAAAAGUUUGAUUAAACUAUUCAGAGACUGAAACAAAUAAAUCAGAUUACUUAUAUUUAAGGAGAGCGAAUCAAUAUACAAUCCCGAAAUAAGCUGCAACUGUCAAUAGUAAAACCAAAGCUUAAAAUUAUGUUUGAGUGAAACCUGAAUACAGAAAAAUCGCUUCCGGACACAGUAGGCUCCUCCUUUUCACCACUCUAUAGUAUAACUAAGUUUGAGUCAUUUAGCAGACGCUCUUAUCCAGAGCGACUUACAGUAGUGAGUGCAUACGUUUUCGUACUGGUCCCCCAUGGGAAUCAAACCCACAACCCUGACAUUGCAAGCACCAUGCUCUACCAACUGAGCCACAAGGGACCACUACCACAUGGAUUGACAAUUUAGACUAUGGCAAUUAGGGAAUAGGCCAUUUGGCAUGUCGCCCUGCUGUAUGCUCACUGUGCUGUGCUGUUGUGUGCUGUCAGACUCCGGCUGUGCAGUGAUGUUCAAAUAUGCUAAAUCUGACAUCAUUAUGUCGUCACCAUCGACAAUGGCUGUCAAACAUCGUUGAUAGAUGAUGCAAUCGUAAAAUCGCCCAACCCUACUGUUAACGCAAUGCAGUGAUUAGAGUGAGAUAGAGAGAGACAGAGUGUGUGUGUGCAUGCAUGGAAGUUGCAGGAUAGAUAUAGUACAAAGGAAAGUAGAAGAUCUCUGAACAAAGGGUUUAGUAAACAGGGGAAUACCGAACGGCCUCAUUAAAACAAACAAGCAAACAAGUGCCGGCAGGUAGAAUAAUCGAAUGCAAAACCUUGUGUUUCAUCAGACAAAGACAAAAGGCUAAUGACUGCUACACCCCCUCUGUCUACCUCUCUCGCUCUCCUCCUACAACUUUCUCUCUUUUAUUUUGCUCUGUCUCUCUUCCUUUUUCUUUCUUUCUAUCAUUAUCUGCUGUAAUCAGACACAAUGCUCUUGUCAUUCUGUCAACAGGAGGUUGGUUUGUAGAGUAAGAGAGGGAGAGAGAGAGAGACAGGCAAUGACAGAACAGCUUGUGUCCAGCAUAUGUGGUCCUCUGUAGCUCAAUUGGUAGAGCAUGGCGCUUGUAACGCAAGGGUAGUGGGUUCAAUCCCCGGGACCACCCAUACGUAAAAAUGUAUGCACAUAUGACUGUAAGUCGCUUUGGAUAAAAGCGUCUGCUAAAUGGCUUAUUAUUAUUGUAAUCUUAAAUGAUGGGUGGUUUUCACAGAGCGGUCCUGACAUUAGUCCACCAUACCGCCUCUCUCUCCCACCCCCAGAGAUUCCACACUCACUGCCCUGCCCACAGCUACCACUAAAACGCUGCUUUGAAAAUCAACUUCAUAAUAUCAGACAGGUGCAAUUGUAAUUGCCAGAACUACCGAAGUAAAAAGUAAUGUACAGACCUUGGUUGUAUCUCUUGUUAUUAUCCUCAAUCUAGCUGAAAGUCUUUAAUGUAGUGGAUGAUUAGGGGAGUUAAAGUAAGAUUUGUCAAGCCAGCCAUGACAUCCUUCAGGACACUGCUAGCAGAGCUGCUAAUGCCUUGACAAUUUGUAAUGAGCAAUGACAACAUGUUCCUCAAAUAAGGACUCACACCAGCUUAUAAGAUGAAAGGGGAAGCUAACGCUUUACUAGCACAACGGCUAAUGCUUUGCUAGCACUUCAUUAUUCAAAUCAACAACAAUUUGCACAAUUUAUGAGUGUUUCACACUGACAUGUUAGGCCAAAAUACUUUAAGCGUUCUAAUGACAAAUCCAUCUAAUAACUCUGGUAGAGUUCAAGGUAGUUUAUAGAGUUAGCCUACUUGUGUGUUUGAUGGCAAGGGAAACUUUCCAUACAAAACACCAUUAUGAUUAUUGCUAGUUCUUUGCUCGUACUUCUUAAUGAAAGAAAAUUCCAUACUCCUCACAUAAAGGGUUUCCCCUAGACCUGUCAGAACUGGGAAGUAGCUACGUCUUCACACCAGAUUGUAAGAUGAAGACAGGAAAGCUCGCCCUGAGCUGAGACAGCCCAAUGAAAAUGCCAGCCACUGUCAGUGCUAGGCUAGCCGAGUUAGCCCAGGCUCUCUUUCCCAUUUCAAACCUUCCUUUCUGCAAAUUAAGCCGUGGCAGGUGGCAGCGCAGAAGGGUCCUGCUGUAAUUGUGUAGUACAGGAAAAAUAGGGAGGAAGUCGAUCAGAAACCUCAUUUUUCCUCCACUUCCCUAACUGCGGUUGUCUCUGAAAUAGCUUGGGCCUCCCAGAAACUCCAGUCUCUCUCACUCUAUGCCUAUCCAUCCCUCUCAGCUUGAGGAGAUUUGGCCAAUUUAAGAGCUAGACCAAACAGUCAGGAGAAAGAGAUUACCUGUUGACAGUCAUCUCUGGUUAAUGAAGCGCCUGCAGCCCUUCUCUCCUCUUCUACCCAGGAUGCUUUUAUCUUUAUGCACAGUUUGAGACUGUUCAGGUGGGAUUGGGCCGGUUAUUGAGGACAGGCAUUCACCCUCACACACAGACAAACAGUCAGUCUGAUUCUUCAGAGCUAAAUGUAACAGACAGUGGGAAAGCAAGUGAGUGAGAGACACAGAGAUGGAAAAGAAAGGAAGGAGAUAUUGCAGGGAGGUUCACAUAAGUACCUCAUGCAAUUUCAUUUGAAUGCCUUUCAAAAAGGGAAUACAUUUGCAUUGAUGUCCUAGAGCAGGGAAAUAGAGAGGAAUAGGUAAGCAUGUUAACAGUAUGUUUUUUUCAUGCUUGUUGAUGUCAUACUUCCUACUCACACACUCGCUCACAACAUGGCUGGAUGUCUUGUAGAGUUCAGGGACUGUGUGUGUGUGUUUGUCUGUUUAAGUGCUCUGAAAGAGCGGUGACCAGGAGCGUGUCUCUAAAUAAAGCCAUACUCUCACAUGUAUAGGACCUCUCUCUAUGUGCAUGUACGUCAUGCCUCCUUUGUCUUUUCUCUGUGCAGGGUUUGCUGCCCGCCCCCUUCCUCUCCCCCUGGCAGAGCCAGUACCAGGGGCCGCCCCGCACCAGCAUGCCCCAGCGCAGACGGAGUGAGUCACUAACCCAACCCCCCUCUGACCCACCCUCCACCCCCUCCACUUACCCCUCUGUUUCCUUGUCUGCAUCAAUUAUCCCGUCUCUGACCCCCUUUUCU